UCAUGUUGGAAGGCUUCGCGUCUGGGGAGAACUGCUUGGAAACGGGGCAGUGAGGGUGAGUGAGCUCGAGAACACCUGAGGCCCGGGCUUCGGCCUCCGAGGCCCGUGACCCAACCCUAGGUACUGGCGACCAUGAGAUCUCUGCAGCUGCUCAGAACCCCCUUCCUGUGUGGCCUGCUCUGCGCCUUUUGUGCUCCAGGUGCCGGGGCUGAGGAACCUGGGGCCAGCUUCUCCCAUCCUGGCAGUGUGGGCCUGGAUAAGAAUACAGUGCACGACCAAGAGCAUAUCAUGGAGCAUCUAGAAGGUGUCAUCAACAAACCAGAAGCAGAGAUGUCCCCACAAGAACUGCAGCUCCAUUAUUUCAAAAUGCAUGAUUAUGACGGCAAUAAUUUGCUUGAUGGCCUAGAGCUCUCCACAGCCAUCACUCACGUCCAUAAGGAGGAAGGGAAUGAACAGGCCCCACCACUGAGUGAAGCUGAACUGAUUAACUUAAUAGAUGGUGUUCUAAGAGACGAUGACAAGAACAAUGAUGGAUACAUUGACUAUGCUGAAUUUGCAAAAUCACUGCAGUAGACAUUGUUUGGCCAUCUUGUUGUAUGCAAAUGUGACCCGUUACAAUGUGAUUGAACACUUUUGGUAAUGCAAAAUAACUCAUUUCCAACUACUGCUACAGUAUUUUGGUAAAAACCUAUAGCAGUUUAUUACACUGGGGUGAGAAAGAGAGAUCAAGAGAAAUAUAAGAGAAAUGGGACAUAUCGCAGUCCCCAAGUACUCAGUCUCUUACUGGACAAGGGCUUGAUUAAAGAAUCCUUUUAAGAAUAUUGGAUAAUUGGAGCGUAGUACUCAGGAACUUGACUGUAGAAUACUGCUAGUCUCUUGGUUUUCAUUCAUGCUACCUGAAAAGUAAGACAAGCUUUGCCAAGUGGACACACUUUUCAGUAACAGUGAAGGAAUAGCAUAAAUGCCAAAUGUUUCCCCCGGUAGAACCUGUCUCUUCAGGUAAACGUGGUCAGUAUUCUGCAAAGUUCCCCCGGCCUGAAUGAUGACGUGCCCCUGGGCAAGGGAGUAUUAGGCUAUUUCAAAGCCAUUGCGUAAGAAGGAGGCCAGAUCCUGAGUUCAGCUAGCCUUAGCGUCUUAAGAUUCUGUAUCUUCUGGCACUUUGGAAAUGAUACACCAUUGACCUACAUGAUUAACAUUUUUUAGUUUUUCAGUAUUUUACAGAACUACUGUCACAUCCUUUCUUUUAUAUAUCUUCAACUUAGGAGAGACCUUGAAUUUAAAAGUGUUCUUUUUUCUAAUCAUUAGCAAAUGUUUCAGCUUUCUUACUGUUUCCAGGGUUUGUUUUUGAGGUUUAGACACUAUAUGGAAUACAAGGACUGUAUCCCUCCUGCUUGAUGCAGUGCAGGAUAAAGCUACUAGCUGGUCUUGCCUAAGUGAGGAGUGAGAUCACCAAGCACCAAUUGCUGCAAGCUAUAUUUAGAAGGAAUGGUGCUUAAAUUACCCCUUCUAGCUUAAAUAUGUGAAUUCCUUCAGAUCAGGAAAGAUUAGAAAAAGAAGCCUAAAAACUCUUUAAACAGUAUGAAUCUCAGUAAUGGUUGAAAAUGAGAAGCAGCAGCAGACUGUAAUUUGGUUUAUUGGAUGUGAUGGACAUGCCAGGAUGGAAAACCCAAAAUGGUGGUUGAAUGGGGCAAAAAACUGCAUAGGAUUUGCUGAAAGACAUAUAGAGACUUAUUUUCUUUAUUAGAGUAUUCUUAUAAGAAAACAUAUGUAUUUGUAAAAAUGGUUUCUGUGUCAAGUAUUUGUGCAAUCAGAGCUGAAUUGUAAACUAUUCUUGUAAUAUCUAGUUAUUUUGAAAGAGUUAUAUAAUGAAUCUUGGAUAUAUGACCAAUAAAACUGAUAAACAAAAUAAA